UAAACUUGGACUCACCUUCCGGACCCAAAACUUGUAUACAUCUGUGUAUUCUUUUCACCAGUCUGAAACUCCAACUCCGACGCCAUUAAAAUACCCAUCUCAAGCUUCUGCAAUUUCGAUGCAAUUUUCCCAAAUAAUGUACAAAAGGAGAAGAUUGAGUCAAUAGAGCUCAUCCAUGUCUUCGUCUCGUUGAUUCUUCUUCCCUUUUAUGGCCUCUUCUCAGCAACAUCGUUGCGUCUUCGUUGGGAAUAUACCUUAUGAUGCAACUGAAGAACAGCUGAUUCAAAUUUGUGAAGAGGUUGGCCCUGUUGUUUCAUUCAGAUUGGUUAUAGAUCGUGAAACUGGGAAGCCAAAAGGUUAUGGAUUUUGUGAGUACAAGGAUGAGGAAACAGCACUCAGUGCUCGCCGUAAUCUUCAGGGUUAUGAGAUUAAUGGCCGGCAGUUGCGGGUAGAUUUUGCUGAAAAUGACAAAGGUGCUGAUAGAAAUCGUGAACAGGGUAGGGGUGGGCCAGGAUUGGCAACAAAUGUUGAUACUCAAAAGCAGGUAGGAGGCCCGGCUUCCAUUAGGGACGCAGCAUUACAUCAACCAAUUGGCCUCCCAAUCGCUAUGACUGCUGCUUCUGUCAUGGCAGGAGCUCUUGGUGGUUCUCAGACUGGUCAGAUUAUUCAAAAUGGUUUGCAGAAUCAGUCUCUAGUAGGCAGUGAUCCUUUAACCCAUCAUCUAGCCAAAAUGUCCAGGAGUCAAUUGAACCAAGUUAUACAAGAAAUGAAGGUGCUUUCUAUGCAAAACAAAGAUCUCGCACGUCAACUUUUGCUUGUGAGCCCACAUCUUCCAAAAGCUCUCUUCCAGACACAAAUAAUAUUGGGGAUGGUGACACCUCAAAUGUUGCAGAUGCCAAAUAUAAGACAACAGAUCCCAAAUUCUACUAUUCCAAUACCUCAAUCUUCAACGCAACCUACCAUGCAGGGUCACCCUCCAUCUUCUCAUACUCUUCCUGGGUUGCCUUCUUUCACUCCAUUAUCCUCUAUGUCCCAGAAUCCAUUGGCACAUAAUCAAUUCACAGCACCCUUGCCACAUCAUCCACAACCACGAGCUCAGCAUCCAAAUCUAAACCAGAUGAUUUCACCACCACAAAGUGCAGUGCCUGCACACUCUGGGCCUUCAUCACUGAUAUCUGCACGGCCUCAACCUCUGGGUGGUUUGCAAAUGCCACCUGUAUCUUCCUCUUCAUUCAGACCGCUUCAAACUCCACCAUUGCAACAUACAGGACAUGCUAAUAUGACAUCCACUCAAAAUACAAAACUUCAGCCUACUUUUCAAAGCCAAUCUGUGCCGUCAGUUCCUGUAUUUCAGGUUGCCUCUUCAAUACGCCCUGCGUCGGUUGAGGCCAAUCGAAAGGACAUUCCCAAGCAUGCACAAAGUGUCGGGGAUGCAACUGUGGCUAGUCGGACAAACACCUUGACGAACUAUGCUUCAGUAUCUGAUAAAAAAGAUUCUCAAAAUCAGAUGGGUCGUCCUUCAAAACUUAGGAAAUUGGAUGAUGACAGAAGUGUGCCUUACUCACCUGCGGGAUUAGCUUCACCAACUGCCAUUUCCAUUGCAAGUAGCUCUGCUGCAGCUGGUCAAAGCUCUGGUGUGGAAGCACAGAACACGGAGAAGCAAGCCCUACAGAUGCAGCUUCCACCUGAUGUGGAGUCUGCCUUGUUGCAACAAGUGCUGAACCUAACUCCUGAACAGCUGAGUUCACUACCCCCAGAUCAGCAACAGCAAGUCAUUCAACUCCAGCAGAUGCUCAGAUGAAACCUUGGGGACUUGUCGAAGUCAGAUGAAUUUGAUAAGAGGUAAUGGUGCACACACUGGAUAGAUCCACGAUCAUGUGGAUAAGGGAGCUGGUUAAUACAUUUAUCAAAACCAACUUACGCUUCCUAUGAGGGCAAUCAGGUUCUAAGAUGCUUGAGAGCUAUCUAAUUCUUUGUAAUUGUUGUGAGCCUUUAUAGAGAUAUACGUAAAUCAACUACAAUUAUUUAUAGAAAAAGUAAAAUUUUGAGCAGUUGUCUUGUUAGUCAUGAAAAUUUAGUGACUCUGGCUGUUACUAACACUCUUUCCUCUAUCUUCCUCUCUUGAGAUUAAAUGUACUUUUCAAGACUUCCGAUAGAGAUGAAGGAAGAUAGAAAAAAAGGAAAAUGGCGAAAGCAUUUUAGAACCCGAGCGGUCUAACCUAACCCCCGGGGCGGACCCCAACCGAAAGACGCUAGACAGACUCCUCCCUUCUCAAGCGCUCUUCCUCUCUUCUCACUUGCUGGAUGAGCCCCUUGUUCCUGAUUUCGGCGAGACUGUUUUGUUCCAAACCUGGCGGCUCUGACUAGACCUUC